UUCAUAUUAUUAUUGCAAUAAUCAUAGAAGUUCGCUGUAGCUCUGAAAUGCUCAAUCAGAGCAAGUAGAGCUCAAAGCCUCACUCCCUUCAACAAUGGCGGAAAUCACCGAAUCACCUCCAGAAGCUCCAGGAGAGACGCACCAGACAUCCGAAACCACUCGCAAAGGUCAAGAACUCGAAUCGGACUUCGACCCCAAAACCAUGCGAAAAUCCAAACCGGGACUCAAGCGCCUCAGUCUCACCCUCUCAGUUCUCUUCUCCUUCCUCCUAGGCUUUCCAUUUAUGUGGAAGUCAGUGGAAAUCUAUCGCGCGCCGCUCCCAUUCCGCGAAAUCGAUGCGCUCUCGGCCCAAAUCGAAUCGAAGCCCUUGUUGUUCCCAUGCCAUUUCCAAGCGAUCUUCGUAGGCUUUGAUUCCAAACCCUCCAUAACCCCAGACGCCCUAGAAUCUUCCAUUCUCUACCAAAUUGCCAAAUUGACCUCCAAAAUACCACAAUGCGGCACUUGCACGAACCACACUGUCUCGGUGGUUGUCGAUUCUAGUUCCGGUUGUGAGUCUCGAAUCGGGGAAUACUCGGCUCCGUGGCAGUGUGGCGCAAUGGGGGCAGUUGAUUUCGGUGAUGAUGAGGGUGUUGAUGAGGUUUUGGUGGAUGUGUUGGGUGGGAAGGUGUAUAGUGUGGUGGUGGUGAAUGGGGAUAGUGAGGAGGUGAGGGCUGUGGUGGGGAAGUAUCGACAUGCUUGGGUUGUCGGGAGGGUUUCGGAGAAGGAGGCAGUGGCGAGGGCUGCGGAGAUUUUCGUUAAGGUGUUUGUGAAUGGUGGGAAGGAGGAAGGGUUGAUUCAUGGGGAGUUUAUGCCUGUGGGGGCUGAUGGGAGGAUUGUGCUUUCAUUUAAUCUGCUUAAUUCGGAUCCGAAAGAUUGGGUUUAUGAUUGGGAUUUUCAAGCAAUAGAUGAGACCCUAUUGGCCCCUGUAAUUAAGGCUCUGGGACCUGUAGCAAACAUAAGUGUGGAAAGUCAGGUUUUAUACCAUACACCGAAGUCUUCAUUUUCUUAUUGGGAUGAUAAGAGGAAGAGCUACAUGUUUAGUACCAAGGAUCUUCCUUUCUUUGUGAAUUCAAAUGAAUGGCACUUGGAUACUUCUAUUGCAGCAGGCGGGAGGUCAAAGAUAUUGCAAUUUGUGGUAUAUAUACCAUCUGCAAAGGAAUGCCCUCUUCUACUACAGCUUCCAAAUGGAGAGAUUUCUAAGACAAAUGGGUUCAUAUCUCCAAUGUGGGGAGGUGUUAUUGUUUGGAAUCCCCAAGGCUGUCUAAAGGAUUCAGAAAGUCAGGAUCCUCAAAGGCACACAAUUUCUCCUCAGGAUCUUCAGAAGAUUUUUGAAGUUAUCAUGGGGCAGUUCCGCCAACUUUUUGGUCUUAAAUCUGACAAUCUUUACUAUGGUGCAUCAGGCACAUCCAGCCUUUUAGCUAGUGAGAGAGGCUUCACUGAAUGGGAAUUGGAUGUCUUGUCGCGGCAACAUACCUGUUUUAAUCUUCAUUCAUGUACUACAACGCUUGGAUCUCUUUCCAGAUUGGUUCAAUCAUUGCCAAGGAUGAUUAUCAUGGAUGAGAUUGGUAAACAGGUAAUGUAUUCUGUUGAGGCUGCAAACUUGGCUCAAAGUAAUGCCUCUCUUGGACUUUAUGAUGCUUCCGCUGUGUCCUCUAGGGAAGCAAGAUCUCUGGCAGAGGAUGCCUUUUUUCACCCAUCAAUUAUGUCCGUCAGCUACUACUCAUUUGAGCAUUGUUUUGCUGUCUAUUCGCCUUUCUUUCUGCCAGUUUCAAUGCAUGUCCUCCUGGCAGCAUUAAGAGAAUGGAGAAGAUACAAGCAAGAAAACAGAAAGUAUUUAGUAUGGAAGACCAAAGUCAAAAAAGAUUCUUAAAUCGAGUUGACAUGGAGCAAGGCUCCGAUAUUGAAGCUAUUAAAGCUUUUAGGACAAAAAUCAUCGUUGGAGGAAAUUGGCCACUUCUAAGCUUCCUGGAAGAAUACAGCAUUAUCUCUUUCUUGUUGUAUUUGAUUUUUGGUUUGAGUUUGUUGCCCCUUUCUUUGGUUGAAAUUCUCAAGCCACGAGCAAAACUCGAGAUACACCAAUACCAUUUCAGUUGUAAAUAACUUUAAACAGUGAUGUUCAAGAUUUUUUUUUUUUUUUUUUU